CUGGCCCCCUCUCUCUCUCUCUCCUCCUCCUCCUCCUCCUCCUCCACCAUUGCCAGCUCCCUCUCUCUCAUCAUCGUCGUCGUCGUCGCCGUCGCCGUGAUCAUCGUCGUCCGGGGAGAUCCGCCAGUGGACUCUUGCUGAAUUAUUAGACUCCAUAAUCUGGCACUUGAAGGAUAUCUGCCAUCCAGAAGAAAGUAAGAACAUAAAUUUCCGGUGAUGUCUAGCACUGCAAAGGUUUUGGAUCCUGCGUUUCAGGGUGCCGGUCAGAGGAUUGGGACUGAAAUUUGGCGUAUCGAGGAUUUUCAGCCAGUUCCACUGCCUAAAUCAGAACAUGGGAAAUUCUACAUGGGCGAUUCCUACAUUGUAUUACAGACAACGCCUGGCAAGGGAGGUGCUUAUUUGUAUGACAUACACUUUUGGAUUGGAAAAGACACAAGUCAGGAUGAAGCUGGAACAGCAGCAAUUAAGACUGUUGAACUUGAUGCUGCCCUUGGAGGACGCGCUGUACAGCACAGGGAACUUCAAAGCCAUGAAUCUGACAAAUUCUUAUCCUACUUCAAACCUUGUAUAAUACCGUUGGAAGGCGGUGUAGCAUCUGGAUUCAAAAAACCCGAGGAAGAGGAGUUUGAGACGCGUUUAUAUGUCUGUCGAGGAAAAAGAGUUGUUAGGUUGAAGCAGGUCCCUUUUGCUCGGUCUUCAUUAAAUCAUGAUGAUGUAUUUAUCCUAGACACUCAGCAGAAAAUCUAUCAGUUCAAUGGUGCAAAUUCAAAUAUCCAGGAAAGGGCCAAGGCUUUGGAGGUCAUUCAGUUUUUGAAGGAGAAGUAUCAUGAAGGAAAGUGUGAUGUUGCAAUUGUUGAUGAUGGGAAGUUAGAUACUGAAUCAGACUCGGGUGAGUUCUGGGUCCUCCUUGGUGGUUUUGCUCCCAUUGGCAAGAAAGUUUUAAGUGAGGAUGAUGCAAUUCCAGAAGCAACUCCUGCCAAGCUCUAUAGCAUUGUUGAUGGUCAGCUGAAGCUUGUGGAAGGUGAAUUAUCCAAGGGCAUGUUAGAAAACAACACGUGUUACUUCCUGGAUUGUGGCGCUGAGGUCUUUGUUUGGGUUGGCCGAGUUACACAAGUGGAUGAAAGAAAAGCGGCCAUCCAAGCAGCUGAGGACUUUAUCAGUAGUGAGAACAGACCAAAAUCAACACGCAUAACCAGAGUUAUUCAGGGGUACGAGACUCAUGCAUUUAAAUCCAAAUUUGACACUUGGCCAUCUGGUUCUGCAACUCCUGCUUCUGAGGAAGGGAGAGGAAAAGUAGCAGCUUUACUUAAGCAACAAGGAAUGGGUGUAAAGGGAAUGGCAAAAGGUCCUUCUGUGAACGAAGAAGUCCCACCUUUACUGGAAGGAGGUGGAAAAUUGGAGGUGUGGCGCAUUAAUGGCAGUGCCAAGACUCCGUUGUCCAAAGAGGAUAUUGGUAAGUUUUAUAGUGGAGAUUGCUACGUCAUUCUUUACACCUACCACUCUGGUGAAAGGAAAGAAGAUUAUCUGCUGAGCUGCUGGAUUGGAAAGGAUAGCAUUGGGGAAGAACAAAAGAUGGCUGCUCGGUUGGCUAACACAAUUUUCAACUCACUGAAGGGGAGACCUGUUCAGGGUCGUAUUUUUCAAGGGAAAGAGCCAGCGCAAUUCAUUGCACUUUUUCAGCCUAUGGUGAUCCUCAAGGGAGGUUUAAGCUCAGGUUACAAGAAGUUAAUAGCCGAAAAAGGUUUAACGGAUGAUACGUACACGCAAGAAUCUGUGGCACUUAUACGUAUAUCCGGGACUUCCAUUCACAACAAUAAGGCAGUCCAAGUAGAUGCGGUGGCAACAUCACUGAAUUCUGCUGAGUGUUUCCUUCUGCAAUCUGGAGCUUCUGUUUUCACCUGGCAUGGAAACCAGAGCACCUUUGAGCAGCAACAGCUGGCUGCAAAAGUUGCUGAGUUUUUGAAGCCUGGAGUAGCUUUAAAACAUGCUAAAGAAGGAACUGAAAGUUCAAGUUUCUGGUUCGCACUGGGAGGAAAACAAAGUUACACCAGCAAAAAAGUUUCUUCCGAGACCGCCAGAGAUCCUCACUUGUUCACAUUUUCAUUCAAUAAAGGAAAGUUUGAGGUCGAGGAGGUAUAUAACUUCUCACAAGAUGAUCUUUUGACUGAGGAUAUCUUAGUACUUGAUACACAAGCAGAGGUAUUUGUUUGGGUUGGUCAUUCUGUAGAUUCCAAAGAAAAGCAAAAUGCUUUUGAAAUUGGUCAGAAAUACAUAGAAAUGGCGGCAUCUCUUGAAAAUCUGGCCCCUACUGUUCCACUUUACAGAGUCACUGAAGGAAAUGAACCAUGCUUCUUCACCACUUAUUUCUCAUGGGAUUCUGCAAAAGCCAAUGUCCAGGGAAAUUCGUUCCAAAAGAAGGUGGCAUUAUUGUUUGGCAUAGGUCAUGCUGUGGAGAGCCAGGAUAGGUCCAAUGGCAAUCAAGGAGGACCAACACAGAGGGCUUCAGCUUUGGCUGCAUUAUCUUCUGCAUUUAAUCCAUCCUCUGGAAAGUCAUCCAAUUCAGGUGGUGACAAAUCCAAUGGCUCAGACAAUAGUGGACCCAGGCAACGAGCUGAAGCAUUAGCUGCCUUAUCUUCUGCUUUUAAUUCCUCUUCACUGUCAAAACCCUCUGCCCAAAGGUCAUCAGGAAGUGGUCAAGGAUCACAAAGAGCAGCAGCUGUAGCAGCUCUUUCUUCUGUUCUAACUGCUGAGAAGUCGCCAGAUAACUCCCCCACUCGGUCCAGUGGACCUGCUCCAGAAAGUAGCCCGCCAGUGGACACAAAAGGUGAAAAACCCGUUUCCGGAGCGGAAGAUCUGGUGGAAGUCUCGGAGGAUAAUGAUACAGAGGGAUCUGCACCUUUCUCAGAAAACAAUGAGGAGCAAUCAGAAGCCAAGCAAGAGCCACUCCAGGAUGUUAACGCCAGUGAAAAUAUUGUAACUGUGUUCAGUUAUGAUCAACUGAAGGUUAAAUCGGACAAUCCAGUGACUGGAAUAGACUUUAAAAGGAGAGAGGCUUAUCUGUCGGACGAGGGAUUUCAGGCUGUCCUAGGGAUGACAAAGGAUGCAUUUUACAAGUUGCCAAAAUGGAAGCAGGACAUGCUCAAGAAGAAAGUCGAUUUGUUUUAGCAAAAAUGUGAUCUUCUGCCGCUGCUGUGUUGCAUUUCUUAGAGUUCCUUGUUUCGCAUAUUGAAUGUGUUCUCCGCCAGAAAGUUGUGAGUUCAUUGGUGCACUUCGAUCUGGGACUGCUGUGUCUGGCAUUUUGCCCUUUGAUGAGUUUGUAGCCGUCGGUAGACCAGUAUGGGUUGUGCCGCCAUUGGAAGAGUGUUAUUUUUUCAAAUGCUCCUUUCUAGAAGCUGCUGCCUCCUGUCGGUCGGGGAUAGUAGUUUGAAAUAUGGUAGGCAAGCUACAAUUCUUUGAUUUGGUUGUGCGAAUCCCCGAUCGUGAUUUGUUCAUUUUUUUUGCCUCUUUCCAUUCGAUUUGUGUAAAUGGGGGUGUAUAUGUAAUGCAUGAAUGUUAUAUAGUCUCAUUGUAAGACAUGAAGAUGAGUAUUGUUUGUA